AUGACCAAUCCAUCAGUAACAAGUUUAACAGCAAAUCAAAAUAGAAAGAUCAACAAUCUUUACAAUGCCAAGUACAACCCUAAGAAGCCUAAAAACUAAUAGGAGCCUAAUUCAUAACUUUAUAAUAACCAAUAAAACAAGAUUUAGAGAAGUGGACUCGCUCUUAUAUCAUCGACAGGGGGUAAUUCAUUUUUAAAGAUGAAUAACAUGAUGACUUCAAAUUCAAACUAUUCAAAUAAUCUGAUACAAUCGAACUUAUCUAACAAUAUGGAUCAUUCAACCUCGCAAAUUAGCAAUCUUAGAAAGUCUCCAACUGCCUCUCAUCAAAUGACUAAAGAGUAGUUCUAAUCUGCAAUGAGUAGAAAACCAUCCUAUGGAAAUCUUGGCCAUCAUUAGUAAUCAAAUAAUAUCAAUUCAAGGACAUAGAGAGCUUACAUUAACAGACCGUCUAGUGGUAGACCCAACAAUCAUAACAGAACUUAAAAUCAUCAACAGAUUCAGCAGCCUUAGUCAGCAGAAAAAUUCAAAACUCACCUUAAAAAUCCAAUGAUACAAUCAAUGGAGCAGAUUUCUGUGAAUUUACACAGCAGUAAUGCAUCAAUGAGUUCGACUCAUAGAAGUGGAACUGGUGGGAAGUAUAAAUCAGGUGGAAUGGGAUCAAGCAGUACGAUGGGUAAUUCCCAAAAACUUAAGAUGCUCAAGAUCAUAAGUCAAUAAUAGAACAGCGUUAACUUCAGUAAAACUCUUAAAAGCUAUUAGGGAGAGACACUAAGCAAUAAUGGGUUAGCAAUUGGGAAUAAUUUAAAAGAUGACCCAGCGAUUUCUGAGGAGGAGUUUUACCAAAAGGAGGAACAACUUAGUAUCAUCCAUAAAGAACUCAAAAAUAGAAGUAUAGAAAUUCUUACAGAUCAAUUAAUGCUAAAGGAUAAGGAAAUAGCCACAUUGAAGAAGCAGUUGGAUUUAAUGAGGAAUCAACUAUUCACCUAGACCAAUGUUACCUAAUAAAGCGAUUAUGUUAUACCUCAGCAGCAAUCUAAUAAUCACUAUUACUAUAACAAUAGUGGAAGUGGCUUCUUAGUAAAUAAUCAUAAUUUAAAUGGCAACCAGUUGAGAAAUCAACUUCAUAUUUAUGAGUAGUAAAUUGAAGAGGAGAGGAAAAGUACAUAUCAAAAUAACUAGGGAGAUGAUUUAUCAUUUGAUGGCAGUUCUUUGCAUGAAAUAUAGUAGAAAGAGGAUCCCUAUCUACAUAUUGGAAAAAAGACUUUGCAGAGAGCAGGCGGUAAGUAACUAGGCUCCCAGUAAAAUAUACCUUUGAAAGGGCUAGUAAGAUGUGGUAGCAGUUAACUUAAUAAUAAACUCGGCAAAAUGAAAUCAACAGCAGAUUUAUUUGGAGGUAUUAGACAAAAAAUGAAAGAUGGGGAAACAAUCUAGGACUUCAUAAUGAAAUAAUAAGUGUUAGAUGCUCCAAAUCUUGAAGAUGUGAUUAAAGAAUCAAUGAUAGAAAACUCUCAAAGUCAAAGUAUAAUUCAAGCAUAGAUGAUGGAUGAUGAUAUUUAAUAGAGCAUCCAACUUAGAAGCAAUAAAUAAAAUCAAGUUGGUCCUUUUAAUGAAAAAUCUCUUAGCUUAAAUGGUGAUGAUGAAUAAUCUAGUAAGAUAUUGGAUUAAUUAUUCACAAACAGAGAAACUAAAUUUGAUGUCGACGAACUUGAAAGGUUAGUCAAUUUCAGUUAAAACAUAGAAGGUUAAGUUAAGCAUACAACAGAUGCAAGUUAAAGACCUUCGAAUAUUUAAAGAUAAGCUUAGAAGUUUGAGUAUAUUUAGAGGAACCUGCAAACAAAUGCAAAGCUUAAUGAAUAAUCAUCUAUAUACGAGUAAUCUCCUAAAAAUACUGAUUUCUCGCCUAUAAUGAAUCUAUAGAGUCACAAUUCAAGUCAACAUGGAUUUAUGUUAUUUGAAGGCUAAAAUAGGCUACUUUAUGAGUAAGAGAUGUUCAAUGACUCGCCAUAUAAUGAUGAACGCAAUCAGGAAAGCCAACAAGUCAUUAUGAGGAAUGAAGAUUCUUUUACUUCAAAGCAAACCAAUGAAUAUCUAAGGGAUUUGCUACUAAAGCAUUAAAUAUCUGAUUCAAACAUGAAAAUGAAAGAAAGAUUCAGUCAUGCAUACGGCACUAGUUCCAAAUAAGCUCAUGGAAGUUCCAAUAAAAAAGGAAUCGGGCAUGUUUAAUAUUUAGAUGAAUCCCCUAGCUUAACAUCUAGAAGAUCAGGAUCUAAUGAUACAGCUAGGCUAAGCUUUUCUAAAGAAGAUAAGGCGUUCAAUAUAAACCCCAUGCUAACUUAAAGUAGCCAAGAUAAGAGAUAAAUAGCCUCGCCACAGAAUUUACUAAUCCUCUAAACCCAAAGCUUGAAUUCCAUUGGUGAUCUAUUAAAAGAAGCAUCUUCUCCAUCUAAUGGUUAAAAGUUUCAAAGUAAUUAAUAAAAUAUCAUUGCCAAUAAUCAGUUAAGAAAGCAAAAUAAAGAACCUAUGAAUUAUAUAGAGGGUAAUACGUAACAAAGCAUUAAUAUGACUUAAUAUGAGCAAAUAAACACUAUCAAGAACUUGAAUCUAGUAACUAAGAAAUCAAUAGAGUUUUCAUCACCACCAUCAGCCAAUAUGACCAAAGGUGGUUUUAAGAUAAAUAAUAUCCCCAAAGUCUAGUAAACAAGAUAAAUCUAGCAACAAUAUGGCUCAUAGAGCAGUGCAUCGCCAAUAAAAGAGACAAUGAGUACUAACGCUGCUAGUAUUCCAAAGCAAUCUAUGUCAAGAUAGAAAUCAAAUGCAAAGAUAGGCAAUCAUACUGGAGCAGGAAUGGCUCUUGAGAACUAAGGCAGAAAACUGAUAAAUCACAUUAAUAAGCUCAAUAAUGUCUCGAAGGGAAGCAACGCUAAAUGA